AUGGGAUAUGCAGGUGCUAUCCUUAGGAUAAGCAGGGCUCCAGUAAAUUUCCAAGUCAAUUACUUUUCCACGGCACGUCGAACCUUCUGCGCAACCUCGCGCAAUCCAAGUUCCAUCCUCGAGCCGCGUUUGGAAGAGCAUGGCAGAGUCAUCCGCGAUGAAUACUCGGUGAUUCGAGACAAAUAUGCCGCACCUAAACACCCCAUCGUUCUUGCACAUGGUCUCCUCGGAUUCGAUGAACUGCGCUUAGCGGGUCCGUACCUCCCUGGCGUGCAAUAUUGGCGCGGAAUUCGAGAGGCACUUUCAGCACAAGGCAUCGAGGUCAUUACAGCUUCCGUGCCCCCAUCUUCGACGAUAGAAGAGCGUGCAGAAGAACUGGCGCGGGAUAUUGAGUCCGGAGCGCGGGGAAGAGAUGUUAAUAUCAUUGCUCAUAGCAUGGUGAGAUCCCCUGAUAGACCAUUCAAAAAAUCUUCAGUCACUGACACAUGGCUAGGGGUGAGGCAUUAUGAGAAACUCGCCCGCGCCCGAUGCAAGAUCUGA